AUGGAACUGCCACUACCGAUGAUGCGAAUUUGCUCAAACACGUUCAGGGUGGAUUGGUUCGUGGCCUUGGAUGCCUAUGCUCAAGGCAAGAGCGGACAGAAAAUUUGGCUUUAUUGCAACAGCGAUUGGCUUGAACAGACAACAGCAGUGUACGAUUCCAAGGGAAAUGUCAAGGGGGGCAAGGUCUCGGAUGACGAUGCCUACGGCAAGACAGUGCCACAGCUCAAAAAACAGUGGGUUGCAUUCUGGUCGGACGAUGAGAAGGGAUACUACUUCGGCCCUCCAUAUAACACCAAUCCUCCCACAUACUGUGCAGAUGCGGGUAACAUCGCAGUGGUCACGCCAUUGUCGACUGGAAAGGAAUCACUUUCCCUGACCCUUUGCCCUGCUGGGUUUUUCAAGAAGCCAGACACUCUGGAAUCAAUUGAUGACACGAGCAGCGAUAUUGGACAUGCACUUCAGAAACUUGAGCCCAGGAGCUUAAGCAUUGUACAUGAGCUGGUUCAUGCCAGUCAAGGUCCAGCGAACACCACAAUGGAUGCUAUUCUCACUGCCCAAAAGACAAACCCUCGACAGCCCACUGAGAACACCCCGGAAAGCUACGCUUGGGCUGCAUUAGCCGUAUAUCUUGCUGAGAAUGGUGCGAAGAUGGACUAUUCAACUGGCCUUGCGAGGCCAAUUGGCGAGCCCCUGGCGAGCCCCUGGCGGCACCAGCCCCUGGAAGUAGAAAGCUCAGGAGGGAGGGGAUGGUGGUAG